AUGAGUUUCAAGGAAGAACUUGUAAAGAGAAAGUUAACUAUGGACGGUGCUUUGGGAACUGAGCUUGAGGAGUUGGUGCCUCGUGACUCACCCGUCCAACCCAAGUCAUCGCGGUUGUGGUCAGGCAUGGUGUUGUUGCAUCAGCCAGAGUUAGUUACCCAGGUCCACCAGGCGUACGUGGAGGCCGGGGCUGAAGCGUUGAUUACCGGUACCUACCAGAUUUCUGAGGCCAGCUUGAAGAAGAACACUAGCUUGAGUGAUCAGGAGAUCAUCGACUUGUGGAGUCUUUCGGUGGAGGUGGCAUGUCAGGCUGCCGAGACGGCUGACCACAAGGUGUUUGUGCUUGGAUCCAUUGGGCCCUAUGCCACCUGCCUUGCUGACGGCAGUGAGUACACUGGCAAGUAUGGUGACAUCAGCGUGGAGCAGUUGACGGCGUACCACAAGCCGUUGGCACUGUACCUCGCAGGCGACUCCAGGGUCGACGUGUUGGCAUUUGAGACCAUUCCCAACCUCAUUGAGUGCCAGGCGAUUUUGGAGUUGUUGGCUGCAAACAAGAUUUCCAAGAGCUUCUACAUCAGCUUCAACUUUUCCAGCACCGAACUGUUGAUGGACGGCACGCCCAUUGCCAAGAUGGCUGAAUACCUCACUGGGUUCCUCCACCAGCAUCCCGAGGUGGCCUCGAACUUUGUGGGCAUUGGUGUCAAUUGCACCGAGUACCAGCUCGUGGAGUCCAUUGUUGAGAACAUCAACGCUGCCAUCUCCAUGCCGUUGAUUCUCUACCCCAACUUGGGCUUCGACUACGACGAGGUUCUCGGCGAGUACCAGACCAAGAAGAAUGUCGAGAAAUGGGCUCGUCUGGUGGAAAAGUGGUGCUCGUUUGACAACGUCAGAGUCAUUGGUGGGUGUUGUGGGACUGCGCCUGUGGACAUCACCGCGGUCAAGAAGGUGUUGGAUUCACUUCCACACCACUAG